AUGUCGGAGGAAAAGGAAGUCGUCGACUACUCCCUCAACAACCCUGAUACCCUGACCAAGUACAAGACCGCCGGCCAGAUCUCCGAAAAGGUCCUGGCCGCCGUCUCCAAGCUUUGCGUCCCGGGCGAGAAGAUUGUCGACAUCUGCCAGAAGGGCGACAAGCUCAUCGAGGAGGAGGUCGCCAAGGUCUACCGCGGCAAGAAGAUCAACAAGGGCUUCUCCCACCCCACAACCGUCUCGCCUGCCUCGUACAUCACCCCCUACACCCCGCUCACCUCGGACGAGAGCGAGGCGGCCAUCGAGAUCCAGCCCGGCGAGCCCAUCAAGAUCCAGCUGGGAGCUCAGAUUGACGGCUUCGGUGCCAUUGCCUGCGACACCGUCCUCGCCCAGCCCAAGGACAAGGCCGACGAGGUCGUCUCUGGCCGCCCGGCCGACCUGAUUCUCGCUACCCACUAUGCCAACGAGCUCCUCCUGCGGUUGAUGGUCCCUCCGGGUCUCCUGGCCCAGGGCACCGACGAGGAGAAGGCCAAGGCCGCCGCCCAAAAGGCCCCGACUCAGGCCAGGAUCACCAGCCUCCUCGAGAAGGUCUGCGAGGCCUAUGACUGCCACCUCGUCGAGAGCACCACUUCAUGGCUCUUCGACCGCGACGAGAUUGAGGGCUCCAAGAAGAUUGUCCUCGCGCCCGCCGAGGGCACCAAGGGAGAGGGUAUUCCUGAGCUUCAGGAGGUCUGGGGUGUCGAGAUGGGCGUCAGUCUGGGCUCCGGCAAGGUCAAGACGCUGGACCAGCGCGCCACCCUGCACCGCCGGACGACGCAGACGUACGGCCUGAAGCGCCCCACCUCGCGCAAGAUUCUUUCCGAGGUCCAGAAGAAGUUUGGCCACUUCCCCUUCAGCUUGAGGCAGCUCGACGACGAGCGCGAUGCCAAGUCUGGCGUCGUCGAGUGCGUGCGCGGCAACGUCUUCCGCCAGUACGAGUUGGUUGGCGACAAGGAUAACGCUCCUGUUGCCCGGCUGCUCACCACCAUUGCCAUCACCAAGAACGGCAUCACCAAGCUCGGUGGGCCCCCGGCGCUCGACGUGAGCAAGUUCAAGACGGACAAGAAGAUCACGGAUGAGGAGGUUCUCAAGAUCCUUGAGCAGCCCCUGGCCAGGAACACGGGCAAGAAGAAGAGCAAGGGCAAGAAGAAGAAGCCCGCCAAGAAGGCUGCCCCUGCCGAGGAGUCGGACGAUGACUCGGACGACAGCGAGUAA